AUGUCAAGUCCGCAAAGUCAGAGCCCACCGGCUUUGCUAUGGGAUCACCAAGAUUUGGUCCCUAUUCAGAAAAGUCUUCGCGAAGAGGAUAUACUUUUGUUGUUAACUCCCGCCGCUGUUCCUUUAGAUCCGAGUCUUGCCAAUGCAACUGACCCCUUCGAGCCCCUGGGUCAAGCACUUGCACAAACCCAUCCCUGGACUCGCCAUGUUCCAUACACAAAGGAGCGUGGCAUCACUUCCGACCAUGUGGCAUUCAUCAAGAUAGCACGGAUUGUGGUGUUCGUGUUGACUGGCUUCUCGUCAGAAGAAGGUGCUUUCCAACUAGAACUUGCGGAGGAAGUUCGAGAAGCAUGCGAGGAACGCCCUAUCGCUCUUGUGGCCUGCUGCGAUGUCCUCAAAAAUGAAGCGCACGAAUCCGGGUUUCAAACCAUAAUACAGUCUCCGAGCUAUUUUGUGGUAGAUCUUCAAGCCACCGCUGCUUUGUUGACAAGUGACCGAGCAGCAACAACUAUCCGGCCAACGGUCAGAGACUCUCCUUCACCCCCUUGGUCACUAGUAAAAUGGGACUUCGAAAAGGAUCUCCCAGAUAUACAUGCAUUGUGGAAAGAAGCUUUCCCAGCCCAGUUUCAUCUAGACCGCUCUACCCUUGGGUCCCUCUUGAAGCGGGAUGGUUAUGCGAUGCAUUACCUUGUUCGUGAGCCGAAGACUGGGAAAGCUGUGGGAUUCUGCGCUACUUUCACAACAUUUACGGACAGUAGCGGCGAUCGACUGAUUGGGUCGAUAGCCGCUCUCAUUGUUCACAAACAGUAUCGGGGCCGAGGUAUUGGACGCACACUUUACAAUGAAGUAAUGAGUAAACUUCACCGAAUUCGAGGUGUCGGCAUCAUACAGCUUGGCAGCACAUUUCCCAGGUUGCUUUAUGGUCUUCCAGUUCCUGUAAGUAACACUGAAUUCUUCCAGAAGCGAGGAUGGAAUACGAAGGAAAAUACACCUGGGAACGGUCGACGCGCAUUGGACUGGAUCUUAAGAUUCGCCGAUCAUCCAGUUCCUGACUUGGCAUCCGCUGGUUUGACCUUCAGAUCAUACCAGUUCUCAGACUAUCAACAAGUUAUAGACUUGGCAAAUAAGGAAUCCCAGAAGAGAUAUGGGUUCGGGUGGUACGAUCAAUACGCCAGGUAUAUGGAUAGCUCUUUUAUGAACGAUGUCGUUGUUGGGCUCGAAGGAAACAACUUAGUUGCGGCGGCAAUUACAUAUUUCCCCAGCAACGGAAGUCCUUGCGGUGCAGAUAUCCCAUGGCCAGCCACGAUUGGACCAAGUAUUGGGGGAGUUUCUUGCAUCUGCAUCAAAGGUGAGUGA